ACAUAUCUUCUUCCAUUUUCAUAUAUUGUUUCUCUUAGCACGCGUGUCUGGAUGUUGUAGUGGCCCCGUGAUGAAGCUAUACCUAUGGGACAAAGCUGCUUUGGACUUCUGUGAAAAAUUUAAAGCAACUGGAGGAACUGCAAAAGUUAUUUUAGUCACCACGCUGAACCCGAAACGUUUUGGAGGUGCCCUAACUCUAUCUUCCAUGACUUCAUCACGGGUAUUUAUGGACAGUGAUGUCCAAGCAACCCGAGAGUAUCUCACUUGGUUGGUCUCAAACUCGGAUGUCGCGAACAGAGUUGAUGCAGACGUUGUCACUAAAACUGAAACUGUGACCAUAGGCGAACUCUUUUCCUAUAUGAAGCAAGUAGCUGCCAAGGUUGCUUGGUUUGAGUGUACAGCAACAGUUGCUGAUGUUGUGCACGGUUCAAGCUGGUAUUACAUAGGAUGCGGUGUGUGCCACACUAAGGCAACCAAAGGGCCUACCACCCUUAUGUGUAAGAAGUGUGGUAAAAGCAAUAUUGUCGGUGUUCCACAGUUUCUAGCCAAGAUUUCUGUGUACGAUGAGAGUGACCAGGCUUUUUUUGUUCUCCUUGGUGAUGCUGGUCAAUAGUUGACUGGAAAGAAGGCAGCUGAAUUGGUUGAGAGCUAUUUCGAGGUAAUCACAGACCUGAUCAACUUUGUCUUUUUGAAACUGAAUUCUUACAAGUUAUUUAGAAAUGUGUAGUGACAAUUGAUUAAAUGUAUGUUAGGCCAAUGAGAGUGUAGGAGAUGAUCACAUGGUUCCAGUUCCUCAAGCGCUGUCUGAUACCAUAGGACAGACUCACAAGUUCAUUGUGAAGGUAUCAAAUCACAAUUUGGAUGGCAAGACCCAGACUUUGACUGUGACAAAAGUGCUCCAGUCGGAAGCUCCAGAAGUUGAAGGCGAGUUGGAGGAAGAUGUGAUUGUCGCAGCCGCCCAGAAAACUUAGGAUGAUGGAGGUGCUGAAGAUGAUCUUUCCAUGGACUCUAAUGUUGAGAAGGUCAAAAGAGCUGCUGAAAAUGAUGAAGCAGAGAAUCCUAAGCGAGCCAAAUGUGGGUAGGAUGUGGCUAUAAUAAUUUAAAUGGUAGUACUUAUGGUUUCUAGACGUUUAUGCUUUCUUCCUUUUCAAUUUUAAACUUCCUCUUUGCAACAAUUGAAUGUCUUUCUUAAAACCUCUUUUUGGUUGAACUCAUGUUAUUGCCUUUUUCUAUGUUUGAUUC